AUGACGACCGUGAAAGGCCUUCUUAAAGGCCUUCGCUACAUUACUCAGAUUUUCGAUGAAGAUAUAGAACAUGAUUUCCAGAUAGGGUUUCCCACCGAUGUAAAGCAUGUUGCUCACAUAGGAUCCGACGGUCCUGCAGCCAAUGUGCCAAGCUGGAUGGGUGACUUCAAACCUCAAGAACAUGAGAAUGGUCAAGUAGUUUCCAGAGGAGAUGCGAACAACAAUCCAGUAGGGGAAGGGGUUGGAUUACAAGAGUUGUUGCCUCCUCCCGAGAAACCAAAGCAUAAGAAGACAAGGCGUAAAUCCGAGACGACAUCACAAAACGGUUCUCCUCCUAGGAGAAGCAGCAACGUUUCAACAUCGGAUAUGCUACCAAAACAUUCAAGACGUCACAGCAGGAGUAGGCACGGGUCGAUGGACUCAUCGAAUGAUCCAUCAGUCAGGAGAAGGCGUGUUGCCUCGGUUAACGACACAGAAGGUUCUGACCUUCUUUCAGAUAGUUCUGCUACUCAUAGAAAGUCUACAUCACGUCACAGGAAGGUGAAAGGAUCAGGAGGAGGAGGAGGAGGAGGAGGAGGAGGAGAGGUCUCCUUGAAGAAGACGAAAGCAAAACCUGAGAGUUCUAUUGUUAAUUCCGUCGAUGUAUGUAAUGAUGAUAAAGACUAAAACAUAGAAUGGUUUUGGUGACCUCUCGCUGUUUUGAGUGUGUGAAUACUCCCGUGCUUCUUGACUGUUUCCAUUGAGGAAAAACAUAUUUGUUUCACUCUCACAAAGACGAUGCUUCGCCACUAGAAAGGUGGUGAUGAAAUCAUAGGA